AUGCCCAAGUGCACCAUGGGAGGGAGGGCCGACGCCAUGGUGCACGAAGCAUCCAAGCGCCGAGCGAAGCUGCACAUGGAGAAACCCCUCCCUGCCGGCGAGGUGUCCAGCCAGCAGCAGGGCAGCCUUGACGUCGUCGACCACGUCCAGGCUCCGGUGCAGGUGUCACCUACGCCAGAGCAGGUGGCUCCUUCGCCGGAGCAGGUGACUCAUCUGCCAUGCCAUCUGCCACCUCUGCCACGCCAUAUGCCUCCUCUGCCAUAG